UGCGUGUGUGGAGCUUUAUAUCAGCCGCGCGCAUCUGGAGCAGAUUUCUGAUCUGUCAUCAUCUCGAACCCCCUGGUCCUGCCCGUGCUCGUGCUCGUGCACCUGUCCGGCUGGGACGGUACCUGCUCAUCUUCAGCAUCUUCAGCACCAUCAUCAACCUACUGUGAUUACUGGUAUCAGAGCAUUGUGAGUGUGUGUGCGUAAGUGUGUGUGUGCGUGUUCAGACUGGACCUGCUGGAGCGCACAGGAGUGUGUGUUAAAGUGUGUGUGCGUGCGUGCCUGCGCGAGCUUGCAGUGUCAGUAUGUGUGCUGGCUGCGCGCGAGACGGGGGGAGAUGGAGGGGUCCUGCCUGAGCGCCGGGGGGGCUGCUGUGGCUCGAGCCUAAUUUCUGGGUGAUUCAUGUCCCACCCGAGCCUCGCGGAGGAGGAGCAGACGGACGGUCGCGCGGACGCACGGAGUGGAGGUACGGCUGCUGGAGCGCGCGCUCUCUGCACGGCACGCACCGGGACGCUUUGAAGUGAGUGUGAGCGGAGGAGCGAAGUUUUGACGUUUUCUGGACGUAUUGUUUUUGGGGGUUGACCUGCGCGAGCGUGUGUUGGUGGAUCUUGUGCACGCGCUGCUGGACAUCGUGCAACGUGGACGAGAGCAGGAUGACUGACGGGAAGCUGAGCUGAGACAACUGUCAAUCAAGCACUGGAAGACACUGGAAGACACUGGAAGACACUGGAAGACACUGCAGAGACAAUCCUAUACAUUUCCAAUAGACUGCUGAUAUCUGUGGACCAUCUGUGAAGAAUGCUGCAUAAGCCCCGCCCACUUUCCCCCAUUAAAUCUCGGAUUAUUUUCUGAAUUCAGCCUGAACACGUCUGUUCCGUUGGAUCAGCAGCUGCUCUGUUAUCCUGUGAUAUAUAUACAUAAAUAUAUCUCUCCAGCUGAGCAUGAUGAGCGUGUGGUUGGUGUGGGCGGUGCAGGUGCUGUUUCCUGGCCUCUGCCUGGCCAUGCAGCACUACCCCACCACCUGGGGACACUACGACAUGUGCAAGUCACAGGUGUACACGGACGAGGGGCUCACCUGGGAUUACAUGGCCUGUCAGCCCGAGGCCGCCGACAUGACCAAGUACCUGAAAGUGACCCUGGACCCGCCCAACAUCACCUGCGGAGACCCGCCCGAGACCUACUGCACACUGGAGAACCCGUACAUGUGCAACAACGAAUGCGAUGCAACCACGGAGGAGCUAGCCCACCCUCCGGAGCUCAUGUUCGACUUCGAGGGCCGCAACCCCACCACGUUCUGGCAGUCCUCGUCCUGGAAGAAGUACCCCAAGCCGCUUGUCGUGAACAUCACGCUGUCCUGGAACAAAACCAUCGAGCUGACGGACGACAUCGUGAUCACGUUCGAGUCAGGCCGGCCGGAGCAGAUGGUCUUGGAGAAGUCUCUGGACUACGGGCGGACAUGGCAGCCCUAUCAGUUCUACGCCACGGACUGCCUGGACGCUUUCACCAUGGAGCCCAAGACGGUGCAGGACCUGUCCCAGUUCACCCUGCUGGACAUCAUCUGCACCGAGGAUUACUCCCGCGGCUACGUCUGGAAGUACGACAAGACCGUACGCUUCGAGAUCAAAGAGCGCUUCGCUCUGUUCGCCGGCCCCCGGCUGCACAACAUGGCCUCGCUUUACGGCCAACUGGACACCACCAAAAACCUGAGGGACUUCUUCACCAUCACAGACCUGCGGAUCCGCCUCCUCAGACCGGCCACCGGAGCUACCAUGGUGGACGAAGGAAACCUGAGCAGAUACUUCUACGCCAUCUCGGACAUCAAGGUUCACGGCAGGUGUAAGUGUAACCUGCACGCUAACAGCUGUGUGUUUGAGAAGGAGAAGCUGAGCUGCGAGUGUGAACACAACACCACGGGGCCGGACUGCGGACGCUGCAAGAGGAACUACCAGGGACGGGCCUGGAGCGCCGGCUCAUACCUGCCCAUACCCAAGGGCACUGCCAAUAUCUGUGUUCCGAACAACAUCGGUCCCGUCAACUGCGAGUGCUUCGGCCACUCCAACCGCUGCAGCUACAUCGAGCUGUUAAACACCGUCAUUUGCGUGAGCUGUAAGCACAACACUAGGGGGCAGCACUGUCAGCUCUGCAAGCUGGGCUUCUUCCGCAAUGCUUCGGCCGAGCUGGACGAUGAGAAUGUUUGCAUAGACUGUAAUUGUAAUCCCUUUGGCUCUGAGAGCGAUCGCUGUAAUGCCACGGGGUUUUGUAAGUGUAAGGUUGGAGCGACAGGCGUUAAGUGCCAUGAGUGUGAGCCUGGAUAUUUAUGGGACAAUGGCUGCAAAUCUCGAGUGUGUGAUAACGAGCUGCUGCGCUGCCAGAACGGCGGAGUGUGUGUGAAUAACGUGAGGUGCCAGUGCCCGCCGGCGUUCUCCGGCCUGCUGUGUGAGAAACCCCGCUGUGAGAACGAGGCGUCCGGCUGCGACUCCGACUCCGCCUCCGACCCCCGCCUCCAGCGCUCCACCUUCCUGCUGCUGCUGCUGCUGACCUCCGCCUGCUCCCUGCUCCUCACCCGGCUCUGAGAGACUUACCCGUACUCUACACACACACACACACACACUAAUAUACAUAUAUACACACAUACAUAUACACAUACACACAUAUAUACACACACGACCCCCGACGGACACACACGGCCGGCCAGGCGAGUCCGGGUUCAGAGCUAAAGCCUAAAUUUGAGAAUAUGAGAAAAUGAUGAAUAAAUAAAGAUAUAAAUGAUUAUAUAUAUAAAUAUAUAUAUAAAAUAUUGAUUAAAGUAUUGCAGAUCUUUACGAAACAAAAGAGCAUAAAAAACAGAUUCCAGAUGUUAUUUAGAGAAGUCUAUCCGAGCAUUUCGCUUCAUACAGCGCAGCAACACAGCAGCGUUUAGCCGACGGUACGAGGAAACGGAAGGACGGACAGACAGAACGGACUGACUUUAAGCCAUAGCAGAAACUCAACCACACUUAAACCCCCACAAUCCCCCCAAACGCUGAAGGAGGAAGAAGAAGAUCAAAGGAAAAGGAACGAGGGAGCCGGGCUAGCUCUUUGUUCUUCUCUAACGCCACGGCAACGGGGUCGGCUUUCAGACAUGACCCCGGCGGCUGGACUGCUUGUUUGGCUGCUCUACCAGAGCUAACAGAGCUAGCGAAGCUAACGGAGCUAGCGAAGCUAACGAAGCUAGCGAAGCUAACGUAGCUAACGAAGCUAACGGAGCUAAUGAAGCUAACGAGCUAACAGACUCUCCAGAACACAAUGGGCACAGCGGACUGGCAUUUGCAACGUUCUGAAAACUGAAAAAUACAUUAAAAAAACAAAUGAAAAGACGCUUAAAAUACAAAAAAACAAACAAAAUCUCAAAAUCAAAAAACUUCGAAAGACUCACGAACAGAAGCAUAAACAUUCUUUGCUGUCAGUGCAUUGUGGAUAUAAGGAAAUUCUGGAUGCUUGAACCGUCCGAACGACCCACAUCAGACAACUGGAAAGUCCAUCCUCGCUCCACAAGCCCCGCCCCUUCCUCCAAACCCCGCCCCCUUCUCCCCUAGCACAGCCCAGCCCCGCCCCUCCCCAAGUUUCAGUGAUUGAACCUCUCCAGACGAACAUGGCGACAGUACAGCGUUCCUUUCUUUGCUUUCUCUCAUGCCCCGCCCCCCUGCCCCACCCAUCCAAGCCACGCCCCCUAGAUCCUCCCAAGCUCCCCAUUGGACAGUGUUCCAGCCCCACCUCCCCGGCUCACGGCUACACCCGACGUGUUCACAUGAAAAAGUGCUUAGAAGACAUAAAAAAAAAAUACGUCAUCAGUGUAUUUAAUUUUUGUAUCGACAAAGAAGUUUAUUUUCUUGACAGAGCAGAGAUAUUGUAGUACAUAAUUUUUUGUAUUAAUUAUUAAUUAUUAUUAUUAUUCAUAUUAUUAUUAUUAUUAUUAUUAUUACUGCUGAGCUGUGUCUAAGGGCGAUGUGUCUGUGUGUUUUUGAACGAAGGUAAAAAAAAAAAUAAGAAAAAGAAAAACACAUUUAUUUGAUUUUGUUUAGUCAAGGUUUCCUUUUUUCCUCUUUUAUUUAAUCCUUAUUAUUAUUAUUAUUAUUAUUAUUACUAUUAUUUGAGUUGUGCAGUUUCCUACGUAUUGGCAACGUGCUGGCAUCAAAGAAUAUCGGUUUACAUAAAUGCUGAAGUGUAACGAAAAAUCCCACCAAAGGACAUUCUAAAUGUUUUCUUGUUGCUUUAACACUGAGAAAUUUAAGUGAAUAAAAGUUUAAAAAAAGA